UGUAAAUGACGUCAUGGUUCAGUACGUCACAAUACUUGACAAAGAGUAUUUGCCGUUGCUAUGUGGCGAAGAAAGUAGCCAGUGUCCGUUCGAUGAGUAACGUUAGCACACAUAUGAAAUGAGAAAUUGUAUAGACGGGCGCAAGGAAUUCUACGACGACAAACUCAAGCGUGUAGAGUACGUUGACGAUGAUCAGACUGACGUCACUCCGCUGCCCGCCAUGGUGCCUGUGGAAUGGGUGCGCCUAGAGGACGUAUGGCGCCAAUUUGGGCAGGCCUUCGUGGACGCCUGCAUUGCCAACCGCUGGAAGACGACGCUUAGUGAAAGUCCAAAGUGGCUGGCAAUCCCGGGUUUGAAUCCAGCAGAGUACCCAUGCCACCCCGGCGCUGUGGUGAUCUUGGAAGAAAAGAACGUAUUCGACGUCGUCCUGCACAAUAAGGUCGUAGGAUAUUUUGCCGGCGCUGUCGAGGAUUUCUUUGCGGCUGGUCGACCCAAGGCAGGCGCUGUCAGAUUAUUAACCAAGACGUCUACGUCAUCUUUCGGGACUCUCCGGAAGGAAUUCCGAGCACGGAAAUCACCGAGGGCAGUCAUUAUUACGGCGGAGACACAAGACGUUCUCUCACUUAAGUCGUCAGCUACUUCAUCUGCACACUGCACCAAAUUUCCAACAUGGGCCAAGAAAGGCACUUUAUUGAGUUUGGAUAAUUUUGCAUAUACCGGAAUUCGAUCCCGAAAGUGUUACGUUGUCAGCCAAGUGGUGCGGUCGAGUCGUCUUACAUUGGAAUUCACGUUAAAUGGAGAAAUAUUUUACGAGACGGUUUAUGACGUCCCGGUCCCGAUCUGUUUCCAGCUGCACAAAGUUCAUACUGAAAAGGGAAGCUAUGGUGUACUAAAGUCAGUCACUCCUCUAACGAAGAAACCACACAUACAUUUCGGGGAACGAAGUGAAAUUGACAGAUUCAUAAGACCUAUGGUACCCAAUCAAUCAAGAUAUGGACCGGAUGUGGGUGACAAUUCACCGGACUAUGACAAAUGGAGGGAGCCCCGAGUGCGCCAGUCGCUGCGGCGUAGCGGGUUGGGCAAGGACGAUAUCAAGCUGUACUUCGACACCCAGCACGAGUACAGUCAACUGAGGCACGUGCUCGGCGAACAUGCGAAUAGUGAGUCUACGGCGUUGAAGACGGAUGAAAAGACACCGCAGUCUCAUUAAAACAGACAAUGAUUUUGGAAUGCAUUUUGUUCUCUACCAAACGUGACAAUAAGCUAUUUUUUGUCUCGAAAUAAGCACAACAUACAUUUGUACUCAUAAUAUUCUCAUACAUUUUUGUUCAUUUAAUAUGUCACUAUAAAAAAAUACGUAAUAAUUA